ACAUUUCGCCGAAGAUAAAAAUGCAAAUUUCUCGUAUUUACUAAACGGUCGAUGGAUAACCGCGAUAGACUUGAGGCCAUUCUUGAGCCUUUACAUCACGAUGAGGUUUUUUGAUUUGUGAUGAUCAACACGCUGUUGGAAUUAUGACGAAUUGCGCAAGUCGGACGUCUGUAGUUUUUGACAGAGAAUAUUGCGAAAUACCGAAGUUGUACAAAAAGCGUACUUCUUGAAUGACAAUUUUGGAAUGGCUUUUAUGGAUGAUGCUCAAUUUGUCAUAUCACAAAUCCGACAUUCGUGUGUGACUAGCGAUGACACCGGAAUGAGUGAAAUUGUCAUUGUGAAUGAAGAAACUGAGAACGAAAAGGUCCUACAUCGACAGAAAAUUCGAGAUCUAAGCGAAUUUCCAAAUUCAUUUGAUAUUGAUGUCAGCCCAAUUGGAUCAGGCCAAGAAAGUUCGACAAAAAAACCUUUAGAAGUAAAGACUGCAAAAAUCGAAGAGGAAAGAGUGAUUAUGGUUCCAUGGAAAGACCCUGAAGUAUUGCCAAAUGAAGAUCUGUUUCGCCUUUUUCCUAAAAAGAAAGUAAGUGAUGGCGGCCAAACAAGAACUGAUGGUAAAUCAGUUUCCAAAUUGUCAUUUUUGGUGAAGAAUUGUCAUAACCAACCAUGGAAUCCUUUUGAAAACUACAGCAAAUUUGAUGGCGAGGUUUACUCAAGAACAAAUAAAGUACGGCUGUUUAAAAUUUUCUUUCCAUUGGCAUCGUCAUCAAAUGAAGAGCAGCCACCAGAAAUGAACAUCUAUCUUAUUGUUGAGAAUGCCUGUGUGCAAGAUUUGAUUGGUUUGAUCAUGUUCAAGUACACAGAAAAAAAAAGAGUACCAGAAUUGAAGAAUGAUGUGAAUGCUUACUGUUUGUUAAUUGCUGAUGAAGUGGAUGGUGAAGUUGAUUUUGAUCUACCAGCGUUGGAUAAGAAGGAAAUGAUAAGUAAAUUUGAUUUCAAAGCGUUGGCGCUGUCGUAUAUCGAGCAAGAAGAAAAACCACCCGUUCCUAAAACGCCAGCUCGCUCUGAAAUCAUUGUUUAUGUCUGCGAAGAAAGGAGGGGAUCGUCGAAAUUUUCAGUUAAUUCGUGGGAUACGAAGAUGAAAGUUGUUCUUGAAAAAAUGCUGAAGAAACGCGGGAUCAAAAGAACGGGUCAUGAAUAUGUUUUGGUUAGAAGUCACGAUCCUUUGAACAUUAUUGAUUUGGAAGAUACUUUGGAAAAUAUGGAAACACUCGAGUUCAUUAUGAUUAAAAAGACAUCAAUGCAAAUGAGGAAGAAUUCAGGUGAUAAAAAUGGAAAAUUAACGCAUGACGAAGCGGAGUAUUUCACUUUACAACAAUACAAGGCUUUCAAAGUAACGAUGCUUCAAGGAUUUCUGCAUGCAAAAAGCGAAGUUCAAUUAGGUAUUGAUUCAAGAAAUAUUGAAAUUACUCAGACAACGCAAUCCAGUCAGCGACCUUUCUGGAAUAGAUCACCGCGCGCUAUGAACAUAGAGAUGGAUAAUGUAGUACACUGCGAGAUAACACGGAGGAAUGGGAAUCGUUGUACCUUUCGAAUUAUCUACUCAAAUGAGAAUCGGGAUUUUAAAAACUACGAGUUUGAAUGUAAUUAUGAUGUUGGAGGAGAAAUUGUUCGUAAGAUAGAAAAUAUUCUAGCCUCGUCACCGAAAAGUGAAAGUUGGAGGGAAUUCCAGAGAUUACGCGUUAGAAGAUCAAGAAGAACAUGACAAACUGCAACACGCUGGUCAAAACGCAGUAAGCUGUGUGAAAGAUCUUUCAGCAAGCAACAGCGAUCACGUGGUCCAACAAUGUAGCUAAAUAACGACAUAUGUUUAAUAUGGAAUUCUACUUUUAUGCAAUGCUGUUGUUGAUAUUCAACGAACCUACUCAAAACACUUAAGUUGUGAAUAGUUAUUUAGAAAUUAUAAUUUAUGCCCUUA